AGCAAGGUCUAAAUUACUGUAUUUGUUAUAUCUAAAGUGAAAUGGAUGCGUAGAAUCAGAUAAGAAAAGUUUUAUUAGAUGGAGAGACAGAUAAAAGAUCGCAGAUUUAAUAAUUUGAAAAUGUCAUCGAUUCAAUUUAUAUAUGUAAAUAAAUUAAAGGAGAGAAAAUUAAAAUGACAAGAUAUCUUUACGAUGACAGAAUUUGCACUGUAUGUGUUCCUUUAACCUACACUUUCUCAUAACACCUUUCUCAUUUACACCUUUCUUUCUCUCGAUGCGUAUAUUUUAUUACGCGCGAAAUAAAUGCAAUAUAAAAUAUUAAUGAAAAAGAAAACCUUAUGUGCAGUCUUCUUUACAUAGCAAGACUCGUUUUUCCUCUUCCGAGAUUUGCAUGAUCUCAUCUGGUCUCAUGUUUACUAUAACCUCUUUCUGGUGUUGACAGUCUCCCGGUUGCGUGCAAUUUAUUAUCAUAAUAAUAUACAGCCUUCCUCACACAUGUAUUUUCGACUUUUGACGAAACUUUGCGAGCGAUCUUUAUAUCGCACUUCAAGUAAUGUUCGACCUCAAAUCAGCAGAUUGUGUCAUGCUGCGGAAAAAGAGGAAAAACAAGAGAUAGAAAUUACCUCGGAAAGGUUUCCCGAUUACAAAGUAAUCUACAUCUUUCCUUAUAUCAAAUACGCCAGUCUCAUAAAUUUAGUGAAACAUAAAAUGACUAUAUUUAUUGGAGCAGCUGUACCUGUGGUAGGUGGACUUUGUUUGACCAAUAUUGUGUCAUUCGACACAGCUGUUUCAGCAAUAGCAAGUGGCGUUUACACAAUUAUGUGGCUGCAUAGUUUUGGAAUUUUAUGCAACAAUCUUGUAGGAUAUGUAUAUAUGAAUUUGGAUAAACAAACAAUAAUAUUAUCUUACACAGACUACUGGGGAAAAAGAAUAGAUAUGGAGACUAAUAUCCAUGAAAUUAUUCCCAUAUCAGAUAAUCCGAUUAGUAUCACUGACUUUUUAUACAAGAAAGUAAGGUUUUCUUCGCAAGAGAAAAAGUUGAAGAUAACUUUGAAACUAGGACGGAUAAUAGACAAGGAAAGUUUCACGUGUACUCUAGGAACAAUUCAAUAGUUUCUACGCACACAUGUAUAUGUGUAAAUAUAUUGUAGAAAACCAUUAAUUGUAUACUUUAAAAUUAUUUUAUUUGUAAACAGAAACUAUGUUUUUUUUUUACCUAGAGCCACCUAAAGUGCGCAUAAGCCCGAUUAGCAUGGCAUUUUUUGUGUAAUUCUUCCUUCCUUUUAACUGCACGACCCUGAUGAACAAUAUGCAGUUGUAAUAUAUAUCUUAUAAAUUAUGUAAAAAUUAAUUUAUAUUCCAAGCUGAUAAAAGUUAUAAACCUGA